CAACUUGCAGGUUUGGAAGACGACACGCUAGGUGAUCAUCCUAAGAAAUCAGGCAUGCUGGCUCGCCGACCGGCUCGGCAUCGAGGAGGCGGCGCUGGGGACCAACCCAGAGUUUCAUUCCUUACGUGGCAUACUUGCCUGGAUGCAUUCUUACUUCAGUUACUUGCAUGCUUGCCCUCGGCAUCUCAAGAAAUGCAUGCUUUAUCUAUCGGUCUUUCCUCAAGACAGCAUCAUCCGGAGGAUGCGUUUGGUGAGGCGGUGGAUCGCGGAGGGCUACUCAAAGGGCACCGACAGCAUUAGCAUGGAGAAGUACGCGGAGAAGCUUUUUGACGAGGUUGCUGCACUGAGCAUCAUGCAGCCAGUACUCAAGGCAAGUAAGGUUAUUGGGUACCGAGUCAAUGGUUUCUUCCGCGAGUAUAUCAUCUCGCGGCCGGUGGAAGAGAGAGUUUUCUUUCCAGUGGAAGUCUCUGCACUGGAGCGCGGGCAUGGCCGGCUGACCACAGAAGGCAUAGGACAGCACCUAGCUGUUGGGACAUUCUGGAAUGCUGACCGGGUUGUGUUCGAGGGUUUGGACUUCUCACGGCUUCGGUCUUUGACAGUGUUUGGAAAGUUUUGGCCAUGGUACGUCUCGGACAGGAUGAGGGUGCUUCGGGUGCUGGAUCUAGAGAAUGCAAUAGGAGGGAAUUCUGCUUUUGAGGAGAUAGUGAAGCUGUCUCGUCUGAAGUUCCUCUCGCUAAGAGGACAGAGGACUGUUUCGCGACUGCCAGAUUCCGUGGGUGAGCUGGUGCAGCUGCAAACUCUGGAUAUCAGAGACACCUCUAUAGUCGCGCUACCACCAUGCAUCACCCGGCUACAGAAGCUGCAGUACAUUCGUGCAGGUACCACCAUAGCGUGGACGCAAGAUGACAGCUUGUCUGCGGGGGAGCAUUCGACUCCAUUGAGUAGGAGGUCCCGCUUGCUUGCCAGAUUCAGCAGACGUGGACCUGAUGGCUCUUGCAGGAAUGGUGUUGAGGUGCCAAGAGGGAUCGCGAGACUGAAAGCCUUGCAGACGCUUGGUGCUAUUGAUGUAAAUACUGCAGGGGAUGCCACUCUUCGUGAGAUCGCUUCCCUUGUCUUUCGCCAGUUGAAGAAACUCGAAGUGUCUGGGAUCAACCGCAAAACCAGAGCAUUGUUUAAUGGGAAUUUAGAUGAGGCACAGCAUUUGGAAUCAUUGUCUUUGCAGUUUGAGAAGAACGACCAUUUUGUUCAUUGGAACUACAUCCGCUUUCCCCGAGGCCUACGGAGCCUAAAGAUGCACGGCCAUGUAGAGCAGCUCCCACCAGAUAUCAAGUAUCGUAACAAUCUCUUGAAGCUGACUUUAGAGAAGACUACACUGUUCACAACAGGUGACAUAAAGGUCAUCGAGAGCUUACCAAGUCUGCGUACUCUGCGCCUCCGUGUCAAUAAAGAUCAAGAUGGCGAGCUCCAAUUUCACUCUGGCCUUUUCAGCAAACUCGAGGUCCUCGAGAUUGCCUGUAAAUCGAAGUUAAGUGUAUGGUUUGACAAUGGUGCAAUGGAAAAGCUUGAGCAGCUGAAGAUUCACUGCCUUCAGGGGUCGGAGAUGCAGUUCUCUGGGUUAGAGCACCUGGUUUCCCUCAAGCAAGUCUGGCUUAUAGGUUUCUUUGGCGAUGCACUCAAGGUAGCAUUGAAGCAGCAACUUCACAAGCAUCUGAAGAUACCUGCUCCGAAACUGCAGGUUCUCUACUAAGGGAAGUCCGACACUCCAACUUGCAGGUUUGGAAGACGACACGCUAGCUGAUCAUCCUAAGAAAUCAGUUUUGAAGCUGCAGGGAGCCAUGUUUUAUCCUGAUGGCCUGGCGGGUAUUUACUGAAGUUCGAGAUGCUGACUGCCAGCCGUCGCCCAAUCCAGUAUUCUCAGCCGAGAAGGAUUAGCUCCAAGUCUCUUGUCUGGGUCGUGUAACUGUCUCUUACUGUCAUUAGUAGAAACCAUUACCUGUUUUUUACCUCGAAAGCGUAGUAGAGCUGUGUAUCAUUAUAAUAAAGAAGCAGAAAACAAUACUGUAUGCUAAUGAACACACUGAAAUUUUA